GUUGCAGUUUUAACUUUUGAAUUUACAAAUUAGUUCUUUACUCAUUUGUUUUGACUUUUCAAUUUUUUGCUGUUUUCCGGAUGUAUGGGACUAACGGAGUGUCUCAGAUUUUGUGCUAGAUCAUGAUUGCUAAUAGGAUCAUCUCUCAAACUGCAUCGCUCAUUUCCCGAUGUUGCGCCAUACCGUCACUCAUCACACACUUGGACGGAGUGUGCACCGCGUACGCGUGGGUUCGGAGAGUCCACGCACGUGCCCGAAGGAAUCUCCUGGUUGUGGAGCCUAUCAUUCAGAACGAACAGUCUGGAGGGAGUGACGAGAAAGACAGUGCUGCUGACUGCACCCAUAUCAGCUGGGAUAAUGCAGCCGAACCGGAGAAAGGUCGGAGCACGCGGCCACAUGAACCUGUGAUGUGCAAAGAAGUCCUGGAAGUCUUCUGGAGACUGGAUAAUCUUUCAGAUCCCGAUCUAACCAUUUUGGACAUGACAUUCGGUGCCGGCGGGCAUUCCCGUGCCCUGCUGGAGAAUUUCCCCGGGUGUCGAAUCCUGGCCCUGGAUCGUGAUCCGUCCUGUCGGGGGUACAUGGACGAUCUGGCCGCCGACUAUCCCGAGCAAGUGAUCCCCUUAAUGGGGCGCUUUAGUGAUCUGCCGGAUCUGCUGAAGGGGAUCGGUCUGAAGAAGCCCCUUGAUGGUAUCCUGUUGGACGCCGGUUGCUCCUCCAUGCAGAUGGACCAGGGGGCGCGGGGCUUCGCGUUCAGCCGCCCCGAGGGGCCGCUGGAUAUGCGCAUGGAUGCGGGACGGGAUCCUGCGCAGCCCACCGCCGCGGAUGUUGUUAAUCGGAUGAAUGAGGAGGAUCUGGUGACGAUCUUCAAAAAAUUCGGAGAAGAACCACAAGCGGCGAAAAUUGCUCGACACAUUGUGGAAAAACGCUUCAUGAUGCGGACAAUUCGGACGACGGGUCAAUUGGCGGAUGUGAUUGCGGGAGCGGUUUACUCUGAACGCCACGAUAGGAUGGGUCGCGUUCAGCAUCCAGCUACCAAGAUAUUUCAGGCCUUGAGGAUUUUCGUUAACGAUGAGCUCAACGAGUUGGACUUUGCCAUGGCGCUGGGGCAUCAGCUGCUGCGUCCGAAAGGAAUUUUUGCGGCCAUCACUUUCCACUCACUGGAGUGUCAGAUCGUUAAGAUGCAUUUCCAUAGUGCGGAUUGGAAAGACAAACUGCGUCCGAAUGCUUUAAACCCGCAGAUUGCUCGUGCGUAUCGCACGCAUGCGCGUUGGCUACCCAAAGAAGAGUUGUUGGAUACGAUGGAAUUCAAAUGGCUCCAAUUAACUAAAAAAGCCGUACAAGCGUCCAGGGAGGAAAUCGAAUUCAAUCCCCGAGCGCGGUCGGCCAAAUUAAGAGCCGCCAUGAAAAUUGAUGUAUAAAGCUUCGGUUGUCAGAACUGUGCUCCCGGUUGUAAAAAUUUACUGUUUUCUGUACGUAAGAAACUGCUUCCCAAAGAUAUACAGUAUGAAACGGGUAAAAACGAACUCGAGAAAAAAGAGAGCAUGACCCAACGUUAACGUUAUGACGGAAUAAAGCAAACAGAUACAACAG